UCUUCUUCUUCUUCUUCUUCUUCAACUAUUUCAUUUUUUUCUGCUCUUCCUGCUUGUUUCACGCCAUCACUGCACUUCUGGAUCUGCUUCUAUAGUGGCAUAUUGGCAAGUUUAGGCAUCUAUAUAAACAUCCUUUGAAGAUUGUAUCCAUUUAUUAGGAUCAUGGUUCAUUAAAGAAGAUGAAUUCUGGAAGUUGAGGAGUUAUCUUCUGACAAGAAUUUUGGGAAAACUUAUUGGGUUGUGUUGGGGUUCUGAUCCAAUAGAAGGGUGAGAGUAAUAAUGGGUCGGUUAUGUGAUUUCUGUGGGGAGCAACGAUCAAUUGUAUACUGCCGGCCCGAUGCUGCUUGCUUAUGUUUGUCCUGUGACCGAAAUGUCCAUUCGGCAAAUGCCCUUUCUAAACGCCAUUCAAGGACCCUUCUAUGUGAAAAAUGCUAUUCUCAACCUGCCAUAGUUAGGUGUCUGGAAGAGAACAUAUCACUUUGUCAAAAUUGCGAUUGGAAUGGGCACGGCAGCUCCACCUUGGGUUCAGCACAUAAGAGGCAGACAAUCGACUGUUAUUCUGGGUGCCCUUCUGCAGCAGAAACUUCUAAGAUCUGGUCAUUUGUUCGGGACUCUCCAUCAAUGGAUGAUUCUAACUGCGAACAGGGAUUGGGUUUAAUGAGCAUCGACGAGAACAAUUCCAGUAAUUAUUGGGGGCCUACUGAAAAUAACGGCACGAGUGAUCUUGCUGUUGCAAGCGGAAUGGAAGAUGCGGAAAAUGUUGAUAAGUUUUCUAUGUGGAUGGGAUCUUCUUCAGUGCCUGCACCGAACCCCAUGCCAUGCGUUGUAGAUCAGCCAUCUGGAUCUGUGGAUCCAACCACUGCCAAGUUAUGCUGUCCUGGAACAAAAGUCCUUCAAGACUAUGAAGAUAGUGAUCUUUAUGAAGAUCUCAAUGUAGAUGACUUCGAUUUGAACUUUGAGAACUAUGAAGAACUCUUUGGUAUGUCACAAAAUAAUCAAGAAAAGCUUUUUGAAAAUGGUGGGAUUGAUAGCUUGUUUGGAACAAAGGAUAUAUGUGCUGCGGAUUCCAACAUUCAGGGCGAAUUUAUGACUGAGGGGUCUUUGUCUGGACAGGUCAAAGCGAUGCAGCCAGCAUGUAGCAAUCCAGAGUCUGCUGAUUCCAUGAUGAGCUGUAAAACCGAACCAAACCUCUGUUUUGCAGCUAGGCAAGCCCAUUCAAGUGUCUCACUUUCAUUUUCUGGAUUGACUGGAGAAAGUAAUGGUGGAGAUUACCAAGACUGCGGUGCUUCAUCAAUGAUAUUAAUGGGUGAACCUCCAUGGUUAACUCCCUGUCCUGAGAAUUCAUUAUCAUCAGUUAGCAGGGACAGUGCUGUCUUGCGUUAUAAGGCCAAGAAGAAGGCUAGGAGGUUCGAGAAGAAGAUCAGGUAUGCCUCUCGCAAGGCCAGGGCUGAUGUAAGAAGGCGUGUGAAGGGCCGGUUUAUUAAGGCAGGCGAUGCUUAUGACUAUGACCCACUGUGCCAAACCAGAAGCUGCUGAGAGUAAAGUUUUAAACUUUACUUCUAAGAAAAAACAGGCUGGCUUAAGAUCAACUUUUAAAAUUUCCUUGAUUUUAUUUGAAAGACUUGAUUUGUUCUCUGCUUCUGUUUGCAAUGACAAAUUAUACCCUUGUUUCACAGGGGCACAGUGUCGUCGUCACCUGUAAAAUAAUAUCAAGAGAAGGAACAA